AUGGAAAAACAAGAGGUCAAGAAACGUUCUCCGAAUUUUUCCCUGCAUGAUUGUAUGCUGUUGGCAGAGGUUAUGGGAGGACCAAGCGGAACACAAAAUCUAACCCGUUACCAAUACGUGCAUAACAAGCACACACCCUCUAUUACAACAAAAACCAAGCGGCACAUGUGGGAGGAAACCAUACCAAAGAUGUAUAACGCUGGGUCAGAGUUCCCACGCUCAUCCAUUGAUCUUCUGAAGAAGUGGGACAACUUGGUGCAGAGGCAUAAUAACUUAUACCAAGAUUACAUCCAAAAUCAACAAAAAACUGGUGGUGGACCUAAUGCUGGGACCAUUGGUCUAUUGACAGAUGCUGUAAUAUCUGUAGUUGGGAAAAAAGCCUGCGGCCUAAUUGGAAUCUCAGGCCAGGCCGGAAUGCCAAUGGACUCGGGAUUUCUACAGCUGCCCUCCAACAAUGUGUCCACAGGCAUUUCCACAACUAAUGGGAGUGAUCUUAACAGUGCAUCAACAUGGGGAAUAAGUGCCAGUUCCAAUGCAAGUCUUAGUGCCAGUGAAGACUUGGUUACAAAUUACAGCCCAGUUCAGAUGGUGACAGACCUUAAUGUGACCAGUGAGACAUACAACAUCAGUGACUCAGUGAUCUGCACCUGUUCCUGCCAUACUGUGAUGCAAGGUUUGCGGGAAGAGAAGCUACGGCUCCAGAUCAGGGUGCUCAAAAAACAGCUUGGCGAAGAAUGAUUAUAGCCUCGGAUUCAUUUGUACUUUUAAUGUUCAGGUAUAAGAUCAUAAUAUAUUUCACGGAGUGACCACCAAAAUCUCUAUUUCACAAUUGGUGUAGCUCAUCUGUGAAAUAUUGGCUUCUGGGUUUACAAUGUGAAAUAUUUUGCUAUCUUACACUGAAUUCAACACUUCUUUUAUUAUAUGCAUAAAUAUAUGAGAUAAAAUAAUUAAAAUUUAUUGGAAGUUUUUCAGGCAACCGGCCAAAAUUUAGGCAAAUGUAAUGUCAUUUCAGAAUUGACAUCAUAAAAAGUGUGUACCAGCACUUUGCACGUUCAUUUUGUAUAUGCAUUUCCUUUC